AUUUUGUUUGUAAUCACUUCGGAAUAUUGUGGAAAAAAUUAAUUGUAGUCAAAAAAAUUUGCCCACUAACAAAAGAACACGACAUUUCAUUUAACAAAUAUCUAUCGAGUGAAGUACACGUAAUUGAAAAAGAAAAGCGCCGCAAAAAACUGCAAAAAGUAACCAAAACAGAAAAAACAAUUUUCGUGAGCAAUGAAGAAAAUUAAAAAAACCAACAACUGCAAGCAGAAUACGCAAUUUUAGUUGUUAAAGGUAUACGGAGUGUGUGUGUAUGUCAUGGAUAGGGUUGACUCUGAUGUAAACUAUGGUCAUCCAAAUUCAACGUUAUCAUUAUCAUUGUUAUUACCUUGAAGAUAAAAUUAAUACGGAAACACACGUCAGAUUAUAACAAGACGCUCAACAGCAAAGAUCUAUUAAGUGUUUUGAAUACAAAAGUUUAAGCAACAAAUUUACUAUGAAUUUUUGAAAUUUAUUUUUCGAAGAUUCUUAUUAACACAAUUUAUUGGAAUAUAUUGAAACAAAACAAGUGUUAUUAAAUAUAUAAAACAAAAUGUCUACACAACCUACAGUUUUUAUAACAGUGCCCAAAUAUGUGGCCAUUACACCUAUGCAAGCAGCUGGAACUGCUGUUACCACCGUAGGCAGCACAGCUACUACAGCUCUGCCAAAAAUUAGACCAGCUCCCCCUACUCAAACUCCGGUUACAGAACAAGCUAAUGAUACUACAAAUGAGACUCAAGCUCCCAAGGGAAAAAAGAGACGUUUGGAUCAUUUAACAUGGGAGGAGAAAGUACAGAGGAAAAAACUUAAAAAUCGUGUUGCGGCCCAAACAUCACGUGAUCGCAAAAAGGCCCGCAUGGAAGAAAUGGAACAUGAAAUUGAAGAUUUAACAGAAAAAACACAAAUUUUAGUAAACAAAUGCGAAUCGCUGCAAGUUAUUAACGAUUCGCUAUUGGAGAAAAAUCAAAAACUUGAUAUGGAAGUUGAAAUAUUAAGACAACAAUUGCAAGAAUUACAAAAACAACAACAACUGCAUCAGCAACAACAGCUCCAGCAACAACAACAACACAAGACUGUCACCUGUGCUGGCUGUGAGUCCUUACUCAACGGAUCUGCAGUAUCCAAUAAUACUGACCCUCUGCCGCAGGGCUCAAACCCCAAGGACUCCCAGUCAUCACCGGAGACACUCAGCGUAUUGAAGUUGAAGCAACAGCUGAAAAAGAGUGCAACAGUAUCGUCCCUAUGGCGUGUAAUAGCUCUCUGCCUUCUCUACAAGAUAUGCUCUUACCCGACAUCGAAAUCGACGAAAGCGCUCGAUGAUGCAGAAUUUGAUGCCGGAAAGUUGGAAGAACUUGCCGAAAGCCUGCUUGCCGAUAUCACCGCAGACCUGGAGGCAAGCGAUAGAGCGUGCAAUGCGCCUGCUGCCGAAACUUCAAGCGGAACAGAGCGAUUGUUUGGAUCAAUGGUGGGGUCCACAGCAGAGUGCUUGGAAUCCGGCCAACAUAAAAUCAGCUACAAUGGCAGCUGCCUAGAAGCCAUUGCAACAGAAACAACAACACCUACAAAUCAAACAAUUUCAAAUCAUCAUAAUUCCCUACAAACACCUGAACUAACAUUGGAAAAUAAAUUUGAUAAAGAAACAACUACAGCGCUGCAAACACCAGCAACUAUAAACACAACUACAGCCUUAAUAACAACAGUUUUACCCGACAACUCAGCAACCGCAACAGUUACCCCAGAUACUGUUUAUGGUACAUACGAUGCUAAAACCAACUCCAUAACCAUAGUCAUGGACGAUGUGGCAGUUCCGGUUAGUGAAGCUGUUGAAGAGAUUUACUGUGAUGGUGUAGCCGCCGCCAGUAGCUCUACCGAUGAGGUUGUUUGCACUUCAGGCAUGGCUUCACCCUCACAGGUUUAUCUUAAUGUUACCACCUGCUCAGAUGACGAAGAGGACGAGGAUGAUGAUGUUAAUUUCAAUCUCGAUCCCAUCGAGAAAUUUUUAUGUCCUAAACGUCCUUUAGUCUCACCUCUAGCGAAAUCUCCGGCACCUUCGCUACACUCUGCCACAUCAGAUCAUGGUUAUGAAUCUAUAAUUGGUUCCCCCUCACCACCCAGCCAUCAUUUUGAGCCUUUAAGUGAGGAUCUCAGUAAUGAUGACUUUAGUACGUGGCCAGCGGGUUUUAAUGAACUAUUUCCCAGUUUAAUAUAG